AUGGCUUCGCCAAAUUCAACCAACGCUGCCGCGGAGGCAAGCCGUCUGCAGGAGCUAAAUGCAGACGUGCGCAACCAGGACGACCUCGAACGAGACAUCACUCGUCAGGCCGACAAGUUCCUCGCCGAGAAGGCCGAGGAAAACGAUACGAAGAGACUGGACAAGGCGCUGAGCGACAAAGACAAGGUCGAUCGGCAGAUUCGACAGGCCAAAGACCGCCUGGCCAAGCACGUCGGAGCCGUCUCCCGCCACCGGGUCGAGAACGAACUCCGAAACCUCGAGGCGCGCCGCUCGGGACUGGUCAACGACAUCAAGGACAUCCAGAAACGGAUUGACGACCGGCGUGAGGCCCAGGAGAAUGCGGAGGGUAGUCAUGGACCCGGCCGGCUGCCGAACGAGACCCGCAACGAGUACCUCCUGCGAACGGGAAAGAUCACCCCGUUCGAGCUUAUGAGCAAGCCUGGCGCAGAUGGCUCCCUCGCAACUCUUCAGGAUGCCCUCGUCGACGCCGAAGACCAGCAGCAGGAGGAGGAAGAGCGCAAGAAGGCUCAUCACGACCCCAAUGCCUCUCACCGAAACCUUCUCCGUCCCGAGCUCGACUUCGACGAGACCAGCGAGAGCGCGGAGAGUCGCAGCAGCAAGCGGAGGAAGCUGGAAAGCCCUGCAGCGAAGAGAGGUCCCACGGCCCCGCGGGCUCGCUCACCUACCUCGCCCGAAGCCGACUCCGAGGCCAGCUACGUCGCCUCGGAGGGCAGCGUGUCAUCCGAGGAUGAAGAGUUCAUGCCAGACACCGUGCCGGAGCCGAAAACGCGAAAGCGCAAGCAGGGCAAGGCCGAGUCUGAACUUGAAGACCUUAGUGGUGUCGACGACGGCAACGAGAAGAUCUACCAGGCUCGCCUUCAGAAGUGGAUCAGUCGACGCAGUGCCGCUCGCAAUCGUGCCCAGGACACCCCCAUCAAGGAGGAAGAAGAUGAGGUCGAGAAUGAAUGGCUAAAGCCGCAUCCCACAGAGCCGGACCUGGAUCUCCAGAACGGUCUGUCCGUACCGGGCGAUAUCGCCAAAUACCUCUUCUCCUACCAGCGAACCGGCGUUCAGUGGCUCUGGGAGUUGCACCAGCAGUCGGUUGGGGGAAUUAUUGGCGAUGAGAUGGGACUCGGCAAGACGAUUCAAGCUAUCUCAUAUCUUGCAUCAUUGCAUCACAGCAACAUGUACACCAAGCCCGCGAUCGUUGUUUGCCCUGCGACCCUCAUGAAACAGUGGGUCAAUGAGUUCCACCGCUGGUGGCCCCCCUUCCGAGUUUCGAUUCUACACUCUUCCGGCAGUGGUAUGAUGAAUGUGGGGCGGGAGAGCAGCCGCGAGACGGCCCUGAUGUCCGAGUUGAUGGGGAGCUCCCACUCUCGACAUUUGUCUGCCGGCCAAAAGGCAGCAAAGAAGAUCAUCAAGCGUGUUAUGGAAGAAGGACACGUCCUGGUGACCACUUACUCCGGUCUGCAGUCCUAUGCGGAUGCUCUCGUCGAUGUCGAGUGGGGGUGUGCCAUUCUUGAUGAAGGCCACAAGAUCCGCAAUCCCGAUGCUGGCAUCACCUUCAGUUGUAAGGAGCUUCGAACUCCUCACCGCAUCAUCCUGUCGGGAACUCCCAUGCAGAACAGUUUGACUGACCUGUGGUCUCUGUUCGACUUUGUCUUCCCCAUGCGCCUCGGCACUCUUGUGACCUUUAAGAGUCAAUUCGAAAUCCCCAUUCGCCAAGGUGGAUACGCGUCGGCCACCAACCUGCAGGUUCAAACUGCCGCAAAGUGUGCCGCGACCUUGAAGGAUGCUAUCAGCCCAUACCUUCUUCAGCGGUACAAGGCGGAUGUCACAUCCGACCUUCCUCAGAAGACUGAACAAGUCAUCUUCUGCAAGCUGACCCGGGAGCAGCGAAACGUCUACAAACGGUUCCUUGGCUCAGAUGACAUGGUGUCUAUCAUUCGUGGAAGAAGGAACUCUCUAUUCGGGAUUGAUAUCCUUCGAAAGAUUUGCAAUCACCCGGACUUGGUGGACCGCCAAUUGCACGCGCAUGAACCCGACUACGGCAAUAGUGACCGCUCUGGCAAGAUGCAGGUUUUGAAGGGGCUUUUGGAGGUGUGGAAGGACACCGGGCACAAAACCCUGCUGUUCGCUCAGACUCGACAGAUGCUGGACAUCAUUCAGAAGUUCGUCGGGUCAUUGGGUGGAUUCAAUUUUCGUCGCAUGGACGGUAAUACUCCGAUCAAGGACCGUCAAACCAUGGUCGACGAGUUCAACAAGGAUCCCAAUCUCCACGUUUUCCUGCUGACCACCCGCGUGGGUGGUAUCGGAGUGAACUUGACCGGUGCCGAUCGAGUCAUCAUCUACGAUCCUGACUGGAAUCCUUCAACUGACAUGCAAGCCCGCGAACGAGCAUGGCGACUCGGUCAAAAGCGUGAUGUGACAAUCUUCCGCCUCAUGAUGAAGGGCACCAUCGAAGAGAAGAUCUAUCACCGCCAGAUCUUCAAGCAGUUCUUGACCAACAAGAUCACUCGUGAUCCACAACAGCGCGAAGGCUUCCAGGCAAGCGAUCUGUAUGAUCUGUUCUCGCUGGCAGAAGAGAACGACAAGGAACUGGAGACUACGAAGCUGUUCAAGAACGCAGACGUCACCUACCAGGAGGAAGACUCAACCACACCGCCUCUCAAGAAACGUGGCCAGGGCGGCAAGUCCAAGUCGCAGACUCCCAAUCCCGACGGUGAAGAUAUUAGUACGGUUCAAGGCGUUGCCAACGUUGAAGAAUUCACCAACGAUGCCGAGAACCAGGACGGGAAGAAAUCUGCCGAAGAUCGCAUCAUGCACGGCAUCUUUGCCCGCUCUGGCGUCCACGCUGCACUCGAGCAUGAUCAUAUCGUCAAUGGCAAGAGGACCGUUCGGGCUGAUCAGAAAAUGAUUGAAGAGGAAGCUCGCCGCGUGGCCGCUGAAGCUGCUCGCGAGCUGCGCCGCGCCGAAGAAGUUGCCCGCAGUACGCCUAUCGGCCUGCCUACCUGGACGGGAUCCUUCGGCAUUGCCGGCCGUACCGACGUCGGCGGUUCCAGCUCAUCAUCCCGACCUGCCGCUCGAGGCCCUUCAUCGUCAUCUCUACUCUCCAAUCUCAAUCCCGGUGCGUCUGCGGCGAUUUCUCGUACCCCGACUCCACAAGGCACGGGAACUCCGAACCGGAUGCCGCGAGGCAAGGACUUUUUGCCACUGAUCCGUGACUUUUUGCUUUCUCGUCGCGGGCCGGUUUUCACACAGGUUAUUGUUGAUCAAUUCAAUCACUACUGCACGAAUCCGCAGCGUGUGGCUGAGUUUCAGGAGAUGCUGAAGACGGUGGCUCGUCUGGACCGAGAUCGCGGAGGACGUGGUCGGUGGACCUUGAAGCCGGAGUUCGCGAAGAAAUCGGCGGAUGAGAAGUGA